UUUGAGGACACUCCUCACAACUGUUGUUUUUCUCCCUCAUAAUCAAUUAAACGGAUAUUUGAUCACAACACGUAACUAAAUUGGUUGUGAACUUCUGCUACCCUGUUUGGAAGAUCAUCCUGACUGAACCUGGAUCAGCUUACUUCCUCCCUUCCUUCAUCCCAUCCAUAGACUAGAGGUGAACUGCUUUCUGGAGCAGCUGUGGAUCGACGCAGAAAGAGGGGCACAUCACAUGGGAGUGUGUGACUGUGUGCGUGAGGGUGUGUGUUCAGGCCUCCUGCCGUCGCCCGCUCUUCCCGGACAGGCAUGGCGGGGGGCAGAGAGCGCGGCUCCCGGACACAGAGGCCGUGGUCGGUGUACCGGGCCAACACGUUCGAGCUGUCCAAUGAGAUGAUCGGCCUGGCGCUCGCAGGAAAUAGUCAGGACCCAGAUGAGCCUGUGUUGGAGUUCAGCGUGGCCUGCACAGACCUGGUGACUCCUGCUUUGGAUCGAAAACCCAACAGCUUUGUAGCAGUGAGCUGCACGACACCACCACAGGCCUUCUGGACCAAACACGCCCAGACUGAAGUCAUAGAGGGCACCAGUAACCCCAUCUUCCUCAGCAGCAUCGCCUUCUUCCAGGAGUCCAACAUCAACCAGCAGACCCAGGUCAAACUGGCCGUCUAUGACGUCAAGGACCGCUCGCAGGGCACGAUGUACAUGUUGGGCUCAGCACUUUUUCCUGUGAAGGAGUUGUUGCAGGAGAGGAGCCACAGAUUACAGCUGGAACUGAGAUCAGCGGAGAACGAGCGGGUGGGGAACGUCACCAUAGCAGCGUGGCAGAUGGAGGACAGAGCAGAUCAGAGGAUGCCGGGUGGCCGUCUGCCAGACAGCAUCAAUGGCCGGACAGUGCUGCCUGUUGACGAGAGCCUCACAGAGUCGAUGGGAGUCCGGAUCAAGUACGCCUCGCUAUGCAAAGACACCCUGCUGCGCUCAGUGUUUGGAGGCACGAUGUCAAGGAUGUACCGCUUCCCCACGACUGAUGGGAACCACCUACGGGUGCUGGAGCAGAUGGCCGAGAGCGUCCUGUCGCUAAACAUUCCCAGACAGUUUGUCAAACUGCUUCUGGAGGAGGACGCAGCCAGGGUCUGUGAGCUGGAGGAGUUGGGAGAAUUAUCCCCCUGCUGGGAGAAUCUGCGGCGACAGAUUGUCUCUCAGUACCAGACCAUAAUACUCACAUACCAGGAAACACUGUCUGACCUCAAUGACUACAGAGGUCCAUCAUUCAAAGCCAGUAACCUGAAGGCAGAGCGGAAGCUGGAGUUCAUGCCAACCAACCUACACGUUCAGAGGAUGAGGGUGCAGGAUGAGCUGGGCUUUGAACACACGUAUGAUGUGGUAACAAUCGGAGCUCCAGCUGCUCACUGCCAAGGUUUUAAAAACAGCGGUCUGAGGAAACUCAUCCAGAAGUUUGAGGAGGCAAAGAAACACGUAUUUGAGGAGGGAUGCAGCGCCCUCUCCAGCUCGCAGUCCAUCGUCUACAUACCCCAAGAUAUCGUCCGAGCCAAAGAGAUCAUCUCCCACAUCAACACGCUGAAGACUCAGGUCAGCUACUACGCCGAGAGGCUUUCCCGAGCCGCCAAGGACCGAUCGGCCAGCGGACUGGAGAGGACGCUCGCUAUUCUGGCUGAUAAGACUCGUCAGUUGGUGACGGUGUGCGACUGUAAGCUGCUGGCUUCAGCUAUUCAGGCCCUGAACGCAGCACGGCCCGAGUACAUCGCCUCCAAAUCGUCUCCUUCCGCCGACUCAGAACAAGUAGUCCUCCGUAACGACCAGGACACGCUGCUAGCCAAGUGGAGCGGUCGCAACAGCCGUUCCUCGCUGCACGCAGACUGGCACGAAGAGGAGUGGGAGAAGGUUUGGGUAAAUGUGGAUAAGUCUCUGGAGUGCAUCAUCGAGCGUGUCGACAAACUGCUUCAGAAAGAGAGGAGACCCAGCGAUGCCAGUCAGGACAGCGCCCAGAGUGACCUGCAGGGCAGCGGCAGUAAGAAAGGUGAAGAAAAGAGACGAGCUUUCUGGAUCAACCCAGGAAGUAUGUCACAGGAAUCUCCAUCAUUGCCAUCAUCAUUAUCAUCAUCAUCAUCACCUCCACGAUCACCAUCACCACCACCAUCCUCUCCCUCUCUCUCUGCCCUCUCCUCUGCACGUCCUUGCAGCCCUGAACAAGAAUCCUAUGGAAGCCCCGGUGCUGAGGAGGCGUACCCAGGUGAGUGGAGCGAGGCGUUGUACCCCCUCCUCACCACGCUCACAGAGUGCGUCACCAUGAUGAGCGACAAGGCCAAAAAGUCCAUGGUCUUCUUGCUGAUGCAGGACAGCGCCCCAACGAUAGCCAUGGACCUGUCGCUGCAGUACCGCCGCGACGUCGUCUUCUGCCAGACGCUCACCGCUCUCAUCUGUGGCUUCAUUAUCAAACUGAGGAACUGUCUCCGUGACAACGGAUUCCUCCGACAGCUCUACACCAUCGGCCUGCUGGCUCAGUUUGAGUCCCUGCUAAGCACCUACGGAGAGGAGCUGGCCAUGUUGGAGGACAUGAGCGUCGGCAUCAUGGAUCUGCGUAAUGUCACCUUUAAGGUGACGCAGGCCACCGGCAGCUCAGCGCCCGACAUGUUGCCGAUCAUCACUGGGAACCGCGACGGCUUCAACGUCCGCAUCCCGCUGCCGGGAACCAUGUUUGACGCUUUACCGCGGGAGAUCCAGAGCGGCAUGCUGCUGAGGGUUCAGCCGGUGCACUUCAACGUCGGCAUCAACGAGCAGCAGACGCUGGCUGAGAAGUUUGGAGACACAUCCCUGCAGGAGAACAUAAACUUGGAGAGUCUGUCCAGGCUCAAUUCAUACUACGAACAGUUCAAAGAAGUCCUGCCUGAAGACUGCCUCCCGAGGUCUCGUUCUCAGACCUGCCUUCCUGAGCUGCUGAGGUUUCUGGGGCAGAACGUCCACGCCAGGAAAAACAAGAAUGUGGACAUCCUGUGGCAAGCGGCCGAGAUCUGUCGGCGGCUGAACGGGGUUCGUUUCACCAGCUGCAAAAGCGCCAAAGACCGCACGGCCAUGUCUGUGACCCUGGAGCAGUGCCUGAUCCUGCAGCACGAACACGGCAUGGCGCCGCAGGUCUUCACGCAGGCCCUCGACUGUAUGCGCAGCGAGGGCUGCAGACGAGAAAACACAGUGAAGAACGUCGGAUGCCGAAAGUACGCGUUUAACUCACUGCAGCUCAAAGCCUUCCCCAAACACUACCGACCACCUGACGGCACCUACGGAAAAGUGGAAACCUGAUUGGACCGCAGAGAGUUUGGGUAUUAUUGGACUACUGUGUUUUGGGGAGGUCAGAAUCAGACUGGGUACAAUCAAGUGUUCAGAAACUGUUUCAUUAGACUCACCGUUAUCACCGUUACUGGUUCACAGGACUUAGAUUGAUUUGUUUGGACGUAUACUUAGUGAUUCAGAGUCACACUAAACCCACAGAUUUCAACCACCUAAGUAUAAUAACUGAUUUUAGGUACUGCAUUAGUUGCUCAUGUCAUAUUAUCCAUCACAUGCUGAAUAUAAGAGUUUUCCCUGGUAGCAGAAGAGUCAAGAUCUUAGGUUUUUAUUUUUUUUAUAACAAAAAUGUACAUGACCAGCACUGCCUCACUCCUGAUCAAGCACUGAUAUAAUCAAUAUUAACCACACAAACAUUCAUAUUUAUUUCCUAGAUUGGAAAUCAAGAGAAAUCGAACGUCGGUGAGAUAAGUUAAAAAACAAAUCUCCACUGUCAACCCAGAGUUUUAGGACAUAUUUGUUUUUACAUCAUGCCUCGUGUCUAUCUAUGCAGUUAGGAAAGUCUUCUACAGAAGCUUUACAUGAAAUAUUUAGGAGAUGAUAUUAAUAUUGUGGGAAAUAAACUCAUUGCAUUCAAAGGAUGAGGUUUACAUUAUUCUAUGUUUUUAUUAUUGUCGACAAAUCACAUGAAAAGACCAAAAACAGCAAUGCUAGCACAUGUCCCCACCCUGUCUGUGGCUCUCAGUCUGAAGCCCUUUGCUCCUACUGAAUAUGUAAAUCUUUAAAAACUGGUCCAAAACAUAUAGUUUCUUCUUAUAAAACAUCUGGGCACUGUAGAUUUAAGCAAAUGGUACUCCCAGAGAAAAUAGUGCAUUUGUUGACUGUCUCCAGCGGCAGGUUAAUACACAUUUGGUGCUGUAGUGAGUUUUUUGAGGCAGCAGGACAGUGUAUGUGUUUCAAUAAAUAAACUACUGUUUGUGUAAAUUAAGGAAUGUG